AUGGUCUUCCGAUCCUCUUCAUGGGCCCUGCGGAACCUGCUGGGCAAGAAGGAGAGUGCGCCCAAGCCGCCAAAGCGCAGCAGCACACCCCGCAGGGAUGGCGCUCCUUCCGGAUUUCGCAUCAUCGUGCCGGACUACUGCCGGCCCGGCCAGGUCAUUUGCGUCCAGGGCCCAGAUGGACAGCAAGUGGAGGUGACGGUGCCGAUGGGGGUGGGCCCCGGACAGCCCAUGUGGGUGCAGGUCCAGCCACGUGCCAGUGCCAGCACGGCAGCUAGCACGGCCCAGAGCAGCGAGGAAGAAGCAGAUGCCAUGGUGCGAGUCCUCGAGCAGGAUGCCCACAGCGCCUGCGAGUUUGCUCAGCGCAGGCUCUUGGAGGAGAUGCAGAUGCAGAUGGCCUUGUGGGCUUCUGCCGAGGCUGCUGGCGAAGGUGCUCCAGAGAGCGAUCAGCUUCAAGUGGCAGCCUCUCAGCCCGAGCUCUCCCAGACACAGGCGACACUCCUUGCGGCAGCUGAGGAGGGCAAUGCAGCCCAGCUCCUCGUGGCACUGGCUGAGGCCAAGAAAUUCAGCGUGGUCUCCAUCUCCCUGGAGGAAGCCGCCAAGGGCUUGCGAGAGUCGGAGGAGGCGAUGCUGACUUGGCGAUGUCUGCGGAGAGCCCUCAGGGAGAAGGACCGCCACGACCUCGAGGUCUGGAGGGAGCACGCCUCCAGCCUCGGCCUGGAAGUGCCAGCGGUGCUGGAACAGGUGCUGGAGGCCCUGCGUGGGCAGGAGCAGGAGCUCCUCCAAAACCUCGAGAAGCGCCGGGACCUGGAGCAGAGGCUCGAGUUCGCGGAGGAGUGCGGGGACGCGGAGCUCCUGGAGCAGGUCCGUCGAGAGGCGGCUCUCCUGGGCAUCCAUGGAGGACAUGGAGGCCGCACGCAUGGCUCGCAAGCGCGGAAAGAGCAGGACGUCCGUGAGGAGGAUGCGUCUGAGCCGCCGCCGCCGCCGGCACCGCCGCCGCCGCCUUCCUCUGGUGCUGCAUCCAGCGCGGAGGAGGCAGUUGAGGACCCGAGGAGUACGCGGGAGCUGCUGGACGAAUGCAGAAAGCGGGGCCUGGACACCUCUGGGUGUCAAGUCAGGGAAGACCUCCUGAAUCUGCUGCGCGCCCAGCCGAGCCAGGGAGGCUCCACUUCCUCGGCCUCUCCACCUCAGGCCGAGGCGCAGCAGAGGCCGCCGCUGCCGAGAGCCGUUGCGACAAAGGUGCAGCCGCCUCCGCCGCAGGCGGCGGGAACUGUUUGGGACCGGAGAGUCGUGCCUCCGCGGUAUCUGAUCCACAAGAGAUACGAGGCCCUCUUCCUCCUGGGCCUCGAGCCUGGUCGCCUCCCAUCGGCCUCGGAGCUGCGCUCCGCGUAUCGAAAAGCGGCGCUCGAAUCUCAUCCUGACCGUCAGCAGAACCACAGCCGCCAGGAGGAGGCAAAGCAGCUUUUCCAGCGGGUCAAGGAUGCCUUCGACCACCUCACGACGAGUGUUCGCUGA